AUGAUGGAGCGGGGACUUUGGGGUCUCUUCGAUGGAACGGAGAAGAAGCCGGACGACGAGAGCGGCAUUGCGGCAUGGAAGAAGAAGGACCAAAAGGCGUUCGCAACGUUGAUUUCGCGCAUCGGCAUCAACCUCGUAAGCGCGGUGCGCACGUGCAUCAAGCUCGAAGCGUCGGCGCAUGAAGCAUGGAAGCGGCUUGAGACAAUGCACGUGAACAAGACUCUCCACGGCAAGAUCCUAGCCUGGAAUGCGUUCUACACGGUGAAGUUGCGCGCGGGCGAAUCGAUGCACGAGUAUGCGACUCGUGUGGAGGAACUCGGGGAAACGUUCAUGGACCUCGGUGGAACGGGCAACGCGCACACGGCAUCCGGCGAGGCCGAUGAUUCAAAGGAGUCGCUCGUGUUAGUGGCCGGCAACGGGAACAAAACUCCAAGCGACGCGUGGUUCCUCGAUACCGGCGCAACGCAACACAUGACGCACUCGGCGUCGCUCCUCAACAACAUUGGCGAUCCGGGAGAUGUCACGAGCAUCGUGUUCGGAAACAACGAAUUGCUACCGGUGAUUGGAGUUGGGAGUACGCGCCUCAUCGUCGAUAGCGGACCGGUGGACGUCACGAGCGUGCUUCACGUCCCGGGGGUGAAGGUGAACCUUCUAUCCGUCCCGCAACUUGCGAAGAAGGGCGUGAUCGCCACCAUCGACGGCGCGAAGAUGAACCUCUUUUGGAAGGGGGAGCAGUUCGCGCAAGGUGUUCUCAACGGAGAUAUCUACCAACUCAAGACGUACCCGAGAGCGGCUUCAUCCAACGUGGCGCAAGGCUCCAAGGCGACUCUUAAGGCGUGGCAUAAUUGGCUUGCGCAUGCCAACUACGAACUGGUCAAGGAGUUGGCCAACAAAGGACUUGCGAAGGGAGUCAACGUGAUCGCCGGCGACGACAAGAAGGGCGUGUGCGCGGCGUGUGUCGAAGGAAAAAUGGCUCGCAAGCCAUUGAGUAGCCGGACGUCACCCCUCGCUAAGGACCCGCUUGCACUUGUUCACAUGGACGUGUGUGGACCGAUGCUAAAGGGAGGAGCGCGGUUCCUCUUGUUGCAACCGAAAGCUCGUGCGGCGAUCUUCUUGGGAGUUGCGCCAAACGAGCGUGCGUGGCGAGUGUGGGACUUGGGCGACAAACGCGUUGUCACGUCUCGGGAUGUGGUCUUCGACGAAGACAAGUUCCCGACGAAGGAGAAACCAACUCAACAAGCCACCUUCAUCCUUCUGGCACGAGAGGAGUUUGAAGAAAAUGAGGUUCUACCUCAAGUGGAGAAGGAAGCCGAUGAAGGGGGAGAGAACGACGAGGAAAGUGUUGAUGAUGUCGUGGAGGUGCCACCAACCGAGGCGGCAACUACCUCCACACCUUCCUCCCUACCAUUGGCCUUGACCCGCGAGCGUCGUGAGGUUCGUCCUCCCUCCAAAUACGCCGACUAUGCUAUGGUAGCUGUUGGGGAGACGGAUAAGGAGGGCACGGCAUUUUGCUUCGCGACCAAGGGUGAUGAUGAACACGCGGAAUCUCUCAUGGAACCACCCCCUAAAGACCCAUCCCGUGCGUGCUACAAGCAUGAUGGAUUACACACCUAG